GCAUCCCAAAACCCAGCCCGUCCAACUGCCGGCUCGCGGUUCUCCCCUCACCGCAUACCCUCGUUCAAUCCAUCAUGGCUGUUGGCAAGAACAAGCGUUUGUCCAAGGGCAAGAAGGGUAUCAAGAAGAAGGUCGUCGACCCCUUCUCCCGCAAGGACUGGUACGACCUUAAGGCCCCGUCAAUCUUCGAGGUCAAAAACGUCGGCAAGACUCUCGUGAACCGCUCCCAGGGUCUCAAGAAUGCCAACGACUCCCUGAAGGGCCGUAUCAUCGAGGUUUCCCUCGCUGACCUCAACAAGGAUGAGGAGCAGUCUUUCCGCAAGAUCAAGCUCCGGGUAGACGAGGUCCAGGGCAAGAACUGCCUGACAAAUUUCCAUGGCAUGAGCUUCACUUCUGACAAGCUCCGCUCCCUUGUCCGCAAGUGGCAGACCCUCAUCGAGGCGCACGUCGACGUGAAGACGACCGAUGGCUACCUUCUCCGUCUAUUCGCGAUCGGCUUCACCAAGCGUCGGCCAUCGCAGGUCCGCAAGACCACCUACGCCCAGUCGUCCCAGAUCCGGGAGAUCCGGAAAAAGAUGUUCGAGAUCAUUACUCGGGAGGCGACGAGCGUCGACUUGAAGGAGCUCGUGCAGAAGUUCGUGCCGGAGGCGAUCGGUCGUGAGAUUGAGAAGGCGGCAAGGAGCAUCUACCCCUUGCAGAAUGUCUACGUCCACAAGGCGAAGAUCCUCAAGGCGCCGAAGUUCGAUGUGUCGAAGCUUCUUGAGCUUCACGGGGAGUCGACAGACGAGACUGGCACUCGUGUAGUCAAAGACUUCAAGGAGCCCGAGAUCCUUGAGUCUGUGUAAAAUCUUAGCUGUUGUCCAUCCCUGUAUCUCCCUACGCACAUGAUCUUUUCUUUUAUGGUACAAGGGUAUGACAAUUAUAUGCUCAUGACCACGCGUGCUGCUAUGUAUGCUGGUGCUUGUGCG